CAGGCCCCGCCUCCAUGCCCAGGUGUGCCCGGGGCUCACCUGUCGGAGCUGGGCUGGGCCCUGCUGCACUACCUGUCCUUCUGCCAGCGCGGCUCCUUCUCGCGGCUGGCGCGGCUGCAGCGGGAGCGGGCGGCGCUGCCCAUCGCCCGAUACCGGAGUGAACUGGUGGCACUGGUGGCCCAGCACCAGGUGCUGGUGGUGGCGGGGGACACGGGCUGCGGCAAGUCCACCCAGGUGCCCCAGUACCUGCUGGGCGCCGGCUACGGCCAGGUGUGCUGCGCCCAGCCCCGGCGCGUGGCCUGCGCCGCCCUGGCGCGAAGGGUGGGGCUGGAGACCCUCGGCAGGUACCAGGUGGGUUUCCAGACGCGUUUCGAGCGCACCUGUGCCCGCGGCGCCCACCUGGUGUUCGUGACGCUGGGGCUGCUGCUGCGGCAGGUGCAGAGCGACCCCACCCUGGCCAGGUACCAGGUGCUGGUGGCCGACGAGGUGCACGAGCGUCACCUGCCCGGGGACCUUCUGCUGGGGGCCCUGCGGCGCCUCUUACCUGCGCGCCCCACCCUGCGCCUGCUGCUCAUGUCGGCCACCUGCGACCCCCACCUGUUCGCCAGGUACUUCGGGGGAGCCCCCGUGCUGCAGGUGCCCGGCCGGCUCCACCCCAUCAAGGUGCUGUACCAGCCCAUCCCCUCGGAGCCGGGGCAGCCUCACCUGGACGCGGGGCCGUACCUGCGGGUGCUGGAGGCCAUCGACGGGCGGGUCCCACCUGAGGAGCGCGGGGACGUCCUGGUUUUCCUCAGCGGGGCCGCCGAGAUCCAGCAGGUGCUGGGCCCCGCCCAGGUGUACGCCCGCCACACCCAGCGCUGGGUUGUGCUGCCCCUGCACAGCGGCUUACCUGCCGAGCAGCAGGACAAGGUGAGGCUGGGAGGGGUCACAGGUGUGUUUGGGGGUCCCUGCACAGCAGCUCACCUGCCGAGCAGCAGGACAAGCAGGUACCUGCAGGACCAGGGGGCCCUGGACGAGCACGAGAACCUGACCCCCAUCGGGCACCUCUUGGCUCACCUGCCCGUCGACGUGGUGGUGGGUAAGGUGCUGGUCCUGGGCUCCCUGCUGCACCUGUCUGAGCCCACCUUGACCGUGGCGGCCGCCCUGAGCGUCCCCUCCCCCUUCCUGCGCCCCGCCCACGCCGGGCACACCUGGGCCGACGCCCGGCGCCACCUGGAGAGCCCCCACGGGGACCCCCUGACGCUGCUCAACCUCUUCAACCAGUGGCUGCAGGUGAAGGCCGAGCGCCACGGGAGCUCCCGCCAGUGGUGCCGCCGUCGGGGGGUGGCCGAGCACCGGCUCUACGAGAUCGCCGACCUGCGACGCCAGUUCCAGGAGCUGCUGCAGGAGCACGAGCUGCUGGAGGAAGGUUCCGGAAGGUCCGAGCGGCGCCGGGGGGGGCGGCGGGAGCGGCACCUGCUGAGCCACGCCCAGCGCGCAGGUGAGCGGCGCCCGCGGGUGCUGCGGCUGCACCUGAACGAGGAGGACGAGGAGGAGGAGGAGGAGGAGGACACCUGGGAGAAGGGCGGCGUCGACAUCCGGGACGUCCGGUUCCAGCUGCGCCACGACCCUCGGGAGCUGCGGCUCACCUGUGGGGCUCACCUGGCCCCGCCCCAGGUGGCCCUGCUGGGGCUGGUGCUGGCCCGGGGGCUGUACCCGCAGCUGGCCCUGCCCGACCCCCUCAACGGCUCCCGGCGCGACUCCGAGCAGGUGUUCCACACCCGGGCCCAGCAGGGCGUGGCCCUUCAUCCCACCGCAGUCUUCGCCUCCCGCCCGGACCUGCUGCAGCCCCAGGGGGGCCCAGGUGAGCUCAGCCCCGACCACCAGCUCGUGGCCUUCGUGUCGCUCCUGGAGACCACCCGGCCCUACCUGCUCACCUGCCUGCGCGUCCCCGCCCUCCAGGUGCUGCUGCUGUGCAGCCGCUCCCUGGACACCUGCGGGCGCCGCGUGGUGGCCGACGGGUGGCUGGAGGUCACCUGCGAGGACGCCCAGGUGAGCCAGCGCCUGCUGGGCGUGGCCGUGCACCUGAGACUCACCUGGGACCGGCUGCUGGAGCGGCUCCUCAGCGGGGGAGGGGAUCGGCCCCGCCCCACCGAGGUGUCCCAGCUCACCUGGGGGCUCCUGGAGUUCCUCGAUGAGCAGGUGCCGUACCAGCUGCGCCAGCUGACGCCGCUGCAGCGCCAGCACCUGUACGUGGGGCCUCACCUGGGCCCCGCCCCCUCCCCUCACCUGCAGCGCCUCUUCCCGGGGACUCACCUGGAACCCGACCAGGUGAAGGGCGGGACCAAGGUCACCGAGUUCCUCACCUGGGGAUGCCUGGCGAGUGAGCCCGACCUGUUCGGGCCAUGCCUGCGGCGCUUCUGGACCUGCCCCAGGUGUGACCUGCACCUGCCCCUGACGGGCCCCGAGCGCCGCCACCACCAGGACACCUGCGGGGCACCUGAGGGCACCUACGGGGCACCUGAGGGCACCGGGGGGUCACCUGAGGGCACCUGCGCUGAGGACACCUGUGCCAGGGACACCUGUGCAGAGGGCACCUGGUCACCACCUGGUGGAGCUCCUGAGGGCACCUGGUCACCACCUGAGGACACCUGUGCCAAGGAUACCUGUGCAGAGGGCACCUGGUCACCACCUGGUGGAGCACCUGAGGGCACCUGGUCACCACCUGAGGACACCUGUGCCAAGGAUACCUGUGCAUCACCUGAGGGCACCUGGUCACCACCUGAGGACACCUGUGCCAGGGACACCUGUGCAGAGGGCACCUGGUCACCACCUGAGGGCACCUGUGCCAGGGACACCUGUGCCUCCCAUGAGGGCACCUGGUCACCACCUGAGGGCACCUGUGGGUCACCUGAGAACACCUGUCCCAAGGACACCUGUGCCAGGGACACCUGUGCCUCUCCCAUGAGAGCACCUGGUGCCCACCUGAGA